AUGCAAGACCCCGCGCGCGAGAUUGACUCGGUCGUCCACCAGCUCACAGCCGCCGCCUCUCCCGACCUCCAGAAGCGUGCUAUCCACCGGUUCUUCGCACCCGACGCGUCUUUUCGCCACCCGCUCGCGCACGUCCCCCCUGCGCCCAACUCGCGCGAGUCCAUCCUAUCGAUAUACCAGUGGUACCGCAUCCUCUCUCCGCAUAUCGAGCUCGCCGUCUCCGACAUCGCAUACAUCCCCGAGCAAAACACCAUCUACCUUACCGUAACGCAGAAAUUCCAUGUCCGCUUCGUCCCCUUCCCGCCCGCCCCCGUUCGCCUCCUCGUUCGCAUCACCCUCCGCCCUGUAUCUACGGACUCUGAAUCCCCCAUUCUAUACCACAUCGCGUCCCAAGAGGACUUUUACCACACCGACGCUCUCGCGGCUAUCGCAUUCCCCCCGCUCGCCAUCCCCGCCCGCAUGCUCCUCCGCCUCAGCGCCGCCGCGUGCGCCGUCCUCGCGCGCGGUGCCCAGGUCGUGUUCGGCACGUGGCAACCGCGCGCUGUCGAGGAGUAG